AUGUAUACUGGAGAGAAAUUCUACAAGUGCCCUCAAUGUAGGAAAGCUUUUAAUAAAAGCUCAAAACUCAUUUUACAUCAGAGAAUUCAUGUUGGAGAAAACCUUUGUGAAUGCAAUGACUGUGGGAAAGGUUUCCAUCAUAGGUCAAAACUUAACAUACAUCGGAGGGCACAUACUAGAAAAAAUCCUUAUCAAUGCAAUGACUGUGGGAAAAUGUUUAUUAAUGACUCAAAACUUAUUUUACAUCAGAGGAUACAUACUGGUGAGAAGCCUUUUAAAUGUAAUGAUUGUGGGAAAGUCUUCAGUCAUAGGUCAAAACUUAUUAUACACCAGAGAAUUCAUACUGGUGAGAAACCUUUUAAAUGUCAUGAUUGUGGGAAGGCCUUUAUUCGGAGUUCCCACCUCCUUCAACACCAGAGAAUUCAUACUGAUGAGAAGCCAUUUAAAUGUGAUGAUUGUGGGAAGGCCUUUAAGCAGAAUUCCCACCUCCUUCAACACCAGAGAAUUCAUACUGGUGAGAAGCCAUUUAAAUGUGAUGAUUGUGGGAAGGCCUUUAAUCAGAAUUCCAACCUCUCUGUUCACCAAAGAAUUCAUACUAGUGAGAGGCCAUUUCAAUGUAAUGAUUGUGGGAAGGCCUUUAAUCGGAGUUCCCACCUCCUUCAACACCAGAGAAUUCAUACUGGUGAGAAGCCAUUUAAAUGUGAUGAUUGUGGGAAGGCCUUUAAUCAGAGUUCCCACCUCUUUAAACACCAGAGAAUUCAUACUGGUGAGAAGCCAUUUCAAUGUCAUGACUGUGGGAAGGCCUUUAAUCAGAGCUCCCACCUCCUUCAACACCAGAGAAUUCAUACUGGUGAGAAGCCAUUUAAAUGUCAUGAUUGUGGGAAGGCUUUUAAUCAGAAUUCCAACAUCUCUGUUCACCAAAGAAUUCAUACUAGUGAGAGGCCAUUUCAAUGUAAUGAUUGUGGGAAGGCCUUUAAACAGAGUUCCCACCUCCUUCAACACCAAACAAUUCAUACUGGUGAGAAGCCAUUUCAAUGUCAUGAUUGUGGGAAGGCCUUUAAUCAGAGUUCCCACCUCCUUCAACACCAGAGAAUUCAUACUGGUGAGAAGCCAUUUGAAUGUCAUGAUUGUGGGAAGGCCUUUAAUCAGAAUUCCAACCUCUCUGUUCACCAAAGAAUUCAUACUAGUGAGAGGCCAUUUAAAUGUAAUGAUUGUGGGAAGGCCUUUAAUCAGAGUUCACACCUCCUUCAACACCAGAGAAUUCAUACUGGUGACAAGCCUUUUAAAUGUAAUGAUUGUGAGAAGGCCUUUAAUCGGAGUUCCACCCUCCUUAAACAUCAGAGAAUUCAUACUGGUGAGAAGCCAUUUAAAUGUAAUGAUUGUGGGAAGGCCUUUAAUCAGAAUUCCCACCUCCUUCGGCACCAGAGAAUUCAUACUGGUGAGAAGCCUUUUAAAUGUAAUGAUUGUGAGAAGGCCUUUAAUCGGAGUUCCAUCCUCCUUAAACACCAGAGAAUUCAUACUGGUGAGAAGCCAUUUAAAUGUAAUGAUUGUGGGAAGGCCUUUAAUCAGAAUUCCAACCUCCUUCAGCACCAGAGAAUUCAUACUGGUGAGAAGCCAUUUCAAUGUCAUGAUUGUGGGAAGGCCUUUAUUCGGAGUUCCACCCUCCUUAAACACCAGAGAAUUCAUACUGGUGAGAAGCCAUUUAAAUGUAGUGAUUGUGGGAUGGCCUUUAACCAGAGUUCAAAUUUAAUUGUCCAUCAGAGAAUUCAUACUGGAAAGCUUAUUAAAAAAUCAUGAAUGUGGUAAAGAUUUUAAUAAGAGAACAAACUUCCUGGUACAUCAGAGAAUUCACACUGGUGAGGAACCUUAUAAAUAUGAAGGCUGUGAGAAAGUCCUCAGUUUUCAGUCAUAUUUUCUUGAUCAUCAGAGGGCCCAUAUUGGUGAGAAACUUUAGUAAUGUGAUGAAUAUGCCAAAGGGCUCUGUAAGCAUCUAGUACUCAUUGAUCAUCUGAUCAUGUUAUAU